UAUUAAACUAUUUUAUAUUUUUCUUACUAAAAUGUCCCGAAGUCGAUCAACAGCACGGUCUGGGAGGAGUUGUGUGUGCAUUGGGAUAAAGACGAGACGAAAGCUACCUCCGUGACCAACUCCGCCAACCGCAAGAGCGAUCGUGGCGGGAAGGGCAUGUACAAGCACAAUUUGGGUGCCCAGACUAUUGCCACUCUGGGGGAUCGUGGCGGGAAGGGCAUGUACAAGCACAAUUUGGGUGCCCAGACUAUUGCCACUCUGGGGGAUCGCUUGGUAAGUUCAAUCUUUUUUUUAAAAUUAUUUAAGUAUUUUUAUUUUAUUUUUUAUGCAUUUCUUUUAAUUUCUAAUGUUUGUUUAACUUUUGUUUUUUUCAAGGCGGAUGAAAAUGAUGGCGAGCCGGUUGAUGAUUUCGUCCUAAUGAAGACGACGCAUACCAACAAGCACAUCGGGGAGAUUGAUGAUGGUGUUGUGAGGGAUGUGCUCAGCCUGAUCGAAACUCAGAAGGAAGACGAAGAGACCCGUCUAUCUCAGCUUCAAACCGACCUGGACGCCACUUCGACGGCUUCGACCAACUUGUCCCGGAUUCGAAUCAACGAAAUCGUUGAAUCGUCGGUUCCAAAGAAGAAGGGACGUUUGGUCGGUUUGGGUCGUCGAGCCCGGUCGGUUCAUCCUUCUGCACCACAGACCUAUGUUGAUCCAGAAGUGCUGGACCAGUUGAAGGACAAAGAUGAGCGCAUAGCUACAUUGGAGCAAAAGAUGGCGGAUCAAGAGGCGGGAUGGGAGGCAACGAGGAGGCAGAACGAGCAAAUGAUGGAGAUAAUGAGGAGGAUGUACCCGAACGAGCAGUUCCCGUAGUUUCUUUCUUUUUUUUUUCAAAAACUCU